AUGGUGCAUGUGCUGCUUUACUACGCAAACAUUAUAGGUAUUUCUUAUUAAAGACUAUGGCAGAAUCCUCUUUCUCCUUUGGGCAAUGGCAGUAUAUCAAUCAAACCCACUAGCUUUUAUUUUCUUCUACGUCGUCUCAGCUGCACUUGACGCUGUGGAUGGGAUGGCAGCCCGACAUUUCCAUCAAAGUAACCUAUAUUCAGCAUCCAACGUGGGAAUGGUUCUCGACAUGUCAAUUGACAGAAUGGCUUAUCUCGUCAUCCAAGCUAUUAACUUCAUCCUCUUCCCACAAUAUGCCAACGUCUAUUUAACUCUUAUUAUACUAGACGGGGUCUCACAUAUCGCCAUGGUCAGCAGUUCUUUGAUAUCAGGAAAGACAACACAUAAAUUAAAAGACGAAGACACCCAUUGGCUGCUGAGGCUUUACUACGGCACUCAUCUUUUGUUUACUUUAUGCUUAUGCAGUGAGGUAAGUGAUAUUUAGGGAUUUGCUGUGAUUUCUUAUAUAACUUAUUAUUAUCAGUUUGAAGGAAUUUUAGGGGUUCUACACAAGGCUUUGUUUGUGUUUUUCGCUGCAGGAACUUUUGUGAAGCAGGUUAUUAAUGUGUUCCAAAUUCAGCAUGCUGCCAAACAGUAUCAGCUUUUCCUCGACAGUCCGAAGAAAAAAGCAUAA